AACAAGUGAAGUUUGAUAAGGAUAAUAACAAGUAAAACUUGAAACUAAAACCCCAUACAAACCCCUUACCUCACUCACUACUUUUCUUCUUGAGUUCACAUAAUCCAUUCCAUUAGCUUACUCUACAGUCUGAAUGGCUUUGACAUUUGUUACUCUUCCACACUUCAUUUCUCCUACAACUAUCAAACCCAAUUCAACCACCACCAUUCUAAAACCCAAACACUUCCUUCUUCAAUUCCCUUCCCGUCCCUUAUCUUAUCCCUUCCUUCCUCUCCGCCCUCCCUCCGCCAUCGCACCCGACGGAAAAUUCUAUCCAAACCCAGCCGACGACGACCCACCCGAAGUAGGCGAAGAUUCCGCUCACGGCUUCACCAAAUACCAACAAAUUCAACUCCAAGCCGACCGCGCUCGCCUCCGUGAAGAAGAAGAUUUCAAAAACAAUCAAGCCACUUACCUCUCCGCCAUCGCCGACUCCCAUGACGCUCCCGACGAACCUUCCUCCAUUGAUUCCGCUGAAGACGAUUUAUUUGGAGAAAUUGAUAAAGCUAUCGCUCUUAAACGUAAAGAGUUCGUUAAACAAGGUCUUCUUAAACCUAAUCCCGCCAAAUCCGAAGUUGAAGCCGUUGAAGAGCUUCAACCUCAUGAACUCGACGAUGUAGAAGAAAUUGAACGUCUCCGUGAACUCAAGGUGAAUUCUGACGAAUCUCCCGGAGAUUUUGAAGAAGACGGUGAUUUAUCUUUGAAAUCCGAAUCUUCUUUUGAUUUAGAUUUUGAUAGUUUAGGGCAGAGUAAUAAAGCUAGAAUUGUUGAACCUAAGUUUAAGAUGAGUUUAGCUGAGCUUUUGGAUGAGAGUAAAGUGGUUCCGGUUUCUGUUUACGGGAAUUUGGAAGUUGAAAUUAAUGGAAUUCAACAUGAUUCUAGGCUUGUUACUUCUGGUAAUUUGUUUGUGUGUUGUGUUGGAAGAAAAAACGAUGGACACAUGUUUUUGAGUGAGGCUGAUAAGAGAGGAGCUAUUGCUGUUGUAGCGAGUAAAGAGAUUGAUAUUGAAGAUACUUUAGGCUGUAAGGCUUUGGUUAUUGUGGAGGAUACAAAUGCUGUUCUUGCUACGUUGGCUGCGUCGUUUUAUAAGUAUCCUUCGAAAAACAUGGCGCUUAUUGGGAUAACGGGGACUUAUGGUAAGACAACGACAACUUAUUUGAUUAAAAGUAUGUAUGAAGCGAUGGGUUUACGGACUGGGAUGUUUAACUCGAUUGCUAGUUAUGUUCAUGGGGAUAAUCAGUUGGAUUCGUCUUAUGGGGUUCUGGAUGCUGUUUUGGUUCAGAAUUUGAUGGCUAAGAUGCUUCACAAUGGAACUGAAUCUGUGGUUUUUGAGGCUUCUUCGCGUGGACUGGCUCAGGGGAAAUAUGAUGAGGUUGAUUUUGAUGUUGCUGUUUUUACGAAUUUGAUGGGUGAGGAGGAUGAGGAAGAGGAUAGAGAUGCGAAGGCUAAGCUGUUUUCGAGGAUGGUGGAUCCUGAGCGGCAUAGGAAAGUUGUUAACAUUGACGAUCCGAGUGCGCCUUUGUUCAUCUCAAUGGGGAGUCCUGAAGUUCCUGUUGUGACAUUUGCAUUGGAGAAUAAGAAUGCAGAUGUUCAUCCUUUGAAGUUUGAACUCUCUUUGUUUGAGACACAGGUGUUGGUUAAUACACCUGCUGGGAUACUGGAAAUUUCGUCCGGUUUACUAGGAAGGCACAAUGUUUACAACAUUCUUGCUGCCGUGGCAGUUGGCAUUGCUGUUGGGGCACCCUUGGAGGAUAUUGUUAGAGGGAUUGAAGAGGUUGAUGCAGUUCCUGGGAGGUGUGAGUUAAUUGAUGAGGAACAAGCAUUUGGGGUCAUAGUGGACUAUGCUCGUACUCCUGAUGCCUUGUCUAGAUUACUUGAUUCUGUAAGAGAGCUUCAACCUCGCAGGAUUAUAACUGUGAUUGGUUGCUGUGGUGAGGACGAAAGGGGGAAGAGACCCCUGAUGACAAAGAUAGCAACGGAUAAAAGUGAAGUGACCAUGCUGACAUCUGAUAACCCCAAGGGUGAAGAUCCAUUGGAUAUUUUGGACGAUAUGUUGGCUGGGGUAGGAUGGACAAUGCAAGAGUACCUGAAAUAUGGAGAGAAUGACUACUAUCCUCCCCUUCCAAAUGGUCACAGGCUUUUUCUCCAUGACAUUAGGAGGGUAGCUGUGCGAGCUUCAGUUGCAAUGGGGGAGGAGGGUGAUGUUGUUGUGAUUGCUGGUAAAGGCCAUGAAACAUAUCAAAUAGAAGGCGAGAAAAAGGAUUUCUUCGAUGACCGAGAAGAGUGCAGGGAGGCUUUGCAGUAUGUUGACGAGCUUCAUCAAGCUGGAAUAGAUACAAGUGAAUUUCCAUGGCGGUUACCAGAGAGCCACUGAUACCAAAGGUUGCUGUGCUAACAAUAGAUCAGCUUCACCUGUUCACCCGAGUACACAAAUGAAGUAGGUCAAAAGAAACGGGCCUUUCGGUUAUGACGGGACUUUCUUUGCAGGAGCAUCGGAAUCAAUCUGGUAAAGAUGGGCUUUAAAGUUUGAAUUGCUACGUCUUUCAGAGUCCAGCAUAAAUUCCUACUUCCGUGCAGUACACAUUUAUCCAACCUCUUAUUUUUGUCCAUAUAGCCAAUUCUAUCUUUUUUUCUUCCUUUUUUCCCCUGGCCUACAUGCCACUGUAAUUGUGUAAUUCUGUGUUGUAGAGUGACACGAUAGUCCUGCUUCCUAGGCAAAUAUAAAAAAAUAUAAACAAAAAUCUUGAACUGAACUUGUCCAAUUAAGCAGGCUAAAUUAUCCAACACCAUGUAUAACUAUAUGAGAAAUUCGGAAGAUAGUACUCCCAGCUUUCACAUGCAGGGAUUUUUUGCCAGCCUAUA